UUUUAUUUUCCAAAGUACCCUUUUAUUUGUUUUUUUAAAUGCUGGUUUUUGCAAGACUAAAAUUUAUUUUCACACCCCAUUUUAUAUGAAAUUACAAAACCAUCGUUUUCUCUUUUCUCUUCGCUGUGUCUGACGGUCUCUGCCUCCAAAUUCAUCACUCAUAGCCUGGUGGCCUGCCAUAAACACCGAAAUUUUUUUCCCGACGAACCCAUAAGAGUAUCUGCUUUACUUCUUCUACAUUUGUAUCUGCUUCAAUGGGCUGUUUCUUUGAGGGUCAAAGACUUAACCGCUAAGAUUUCUUCCAGACCCUUCUAAAAGAACAGGAAUAAGCAAGAACAACAGUGUGUGUGAUUUCUUAUUGUUCGAAUGGGAGUGUGCAUGGCAAGGCCAAGCAAUAGAGAAACAGAGAUCAAGAUAUUCGAAGACGACGACGACGACGAUAAGGCGGUGGAUUAUUUUAAUCAAUUGCCUGGAGAUUGUAUUGCCAACAUCAUCUCCUUCACGUCUCCUCGCGAUGCGUGUCGUUCCUCUUUGAUUUCGCGGGCUUUUAGGUCGGCCGCUGAAUCAAACGCCGUUUGGGAGCGGUUUUUGCCACCCGAUUGCUACUCUAUCAUCUCUCGCUCUCCUUAUCCUCCUCCUUGUCCUUCCAAGAAAGACCUCUAUUUUUCUCUCUGCGACUCUCCGCUCCUCAUCGACGAUGGCAAGAAGAGCUUUUCACUGGAAAAAUCGAGUGGUAAGAAAUGCUACAUGAUCUCUGCAAGGGACCUAUUAAUCAUUUGGGGUGAUACUCCAAUGUAUUGGAGAUGGAUUUCUCUGCCGGAAGCAAGGUUUCCUGAGGUGGCCGAGCUUAUCGAUGUGUGUUGGUUCGAGAUCCGUGGCAAGAUUGAUGUUCGUAUAUUAUCUCCAUUGACAACGUAUGCGGCUUACCUUGUAUUCAAGUUUACUAAAAGUGCACAUGGAUUUGAACAACUGCCAGUGGAGACUACCUUUGGACUUGUUGGGGGCGAAAGAAGCAAGAGGAAUGUGUAUUUGGAUGCCAAAAGACACCAUAGGAAUGGCAAUGGUACAUAUCCAAAAAAGAGAAAAGAUGGGUGGUUGGAAGUUGAGCUGGGUGACUUCUACUAUGGAGGAGAUGGACAAGAUGGUGAGUUGGAAAUGAGGGUUCUUGAGAUCUGGCGUUGUCACUGGAAGAGAGGUUUCAUUUGUGAAGGGAUCGAGAUCAGACCAAGAGGAGUAAUAAAUUAGAGAUGUCACUGCAUUUCCAUACCCCCCCCUUAAGUAUGCCAAAUGUGGAUUUCGUCGUUUUAAAAUCUCGAAUUCCUUUGUGUUCGAGUGCAUACAGUGUUUCAAGUGUUUUCAUCGUCUAAAAAAUAGACGUGCUAGUUUAUGUCAUUCUGAAAUUAAAAUGUUUUAUCGUUGAUUAGAUCUCUUACCGAUGAAAACGGUGGCUAAAUUCAUUCUCAUAGAUGACUUAUUAAGUUAGCAUCUUGUACAUACAAGUCUUUUAUUGCUAAGAACGAGAAUUUGAAUGGCAAAAAGUGCAGUGAUUAUUAUUAUUA